AUGCAACCCGGAUAUCAAAUACAACUUCAUGGCUUCUGCGAUGCUAGUGUCAAGGCAAUGGCUGCAGCACUCUAUUUGGCAACAAACCACAAUGGCAGUAUCAUUAGUCACAUUAUCGCAUCAAAAACUAAAGUGGCACCAUUACAUUCGGUAACAGUACCCCGAUUGGAACUUUGUGCUGCGCAAUUAUUUGCUACUCUUUUACACGAAACAAGGCAGGCUUUGCAUUUGGAGCACGUACCAUACACUUUAUACUCCGACUCAAAUAUUGCUCUAUGUUGGCUACGCAAAAACACAUCACAAUUAAAGCAGUACGUUGCUAAUCGCGUUGGCUGCAUUCAAUCGAUGACAGAUAUCAGGCAUUGGCAUCACAUUCCUACCAAACUCAACCCAGCUGAUUGCGCCAGUCGUGGCAUAUCCCCUUUGGCGUUACAUAACUACGCAUUAUGGUGGCACGGUCCUAAUUCAACUGAUUAUUCAAUCAAUGAGCUGCACCACUGUGCACCAGCAGAGCUGGCAAUAAUGGAGGGCGAGUUAAAACCAGUUAAGGUAAAGGCAUUGCAGGUAAUAGGUCAACCCGCAUUACAGACACACUACACUGCUGGCGACGAAUUGGUCGUCAUAGAUCUGUUGGACCGGUUCAGUCAUCUUGGCAAGCUAUUGCGCACUACUGCAUACAUAUUGCGUUGCAAAAAGGCACAUCAGCGUUUUUGUUCGCAUACACACAUCUGUACAGGCGAAAUGGACAUUGCUUUAAAUCACCACAUCAAGGCAGAGCAAGCGAAAUAUUUCGCAGCGGAAAUCAAGCAGCUGAAAAAGGCGCAGCCCAUAUCCACAUCCAGCAAGUUCAUUGCACUGAGUCCAUUCAUCAACUCCACAGGGGACAAUAUAUUGCGAGUAGGCGGACGCCUACAUAAUGCGAGGGUGGCAGAGCCACAGCGUCAUCCAAUCAUUCUUCCGAAGGAUAGCACAUUGGCCAGGCUUUUAAUAUGGCAGGUGCAUCAGGACACACUUCAUGGCGGUAUACAAAUCAUGUUUCAUACGAUUCGACACAAAUAUUGGAUUCUACAGGCACGCAUUUUGGUCAAACAAUGCAUACACUCAUGCUCGAUUUGUAGGCGGCAUAAACACAUAAUGCUAAAACAACGUAUGGCGACAUUACCAAAGGCUCGGAUCACCCCAUCUCCACCAUUUACAAGAUCUGGCUUAAACUAUUACGGUCCAUUCAACAUACGAAUUGGCUCCAAGGCUGUACGAACCGUGCGGAAGGCUUACGUGGCAAUCUUUGUGUGCAUGGUAACCAAGGCAGUGCACAUCGAACUGGCUGAAGAUCUCACUUCUGAGGCAUUCAUGCAUUACACACGUUUCGUAAACCGGCGUGGUCCAUGUAACCAUUUAUACAGUGACAAUGGCACUACGUUCAUUGGCGCAGAUCGCUUAAUGGCCGCUGACUUACAGGCUUGGCAUAAUGAAUAUUCUCAACAGCAAUUGUCAAAUCGAGGCACAAAAUGGCAUUUUCUACCACCUGGCGCACCUCAUCAAGGCGGUCUAUGGAAAGCUGCCGUUAAGUCAGCAAAGAAGCACUUACUACGCAUUGUUGGCACCCACUCCAUUUACUAUGAUCAGCUACAUACUCUACUUGUACAUAUCGAGGCUUGCUUGAAUUCACGUCCACUUAUACCAUUGCAUGACACUUGUGACGACAAGAUGGCUCUAUCACCUGCAGAUUUCCUAAUUGGCAGAUCUCUAUUGGGAGUGCCAGGUGAACCUAUUGGCAAGGUGCCUAGCAACAAAUUAUCAUACUGGCGACAAUUAAAGCAAAUGCAACAGCAUUUUUGGUGA